AACCCUCCGAGCAAAAAACUCUCAGUCCAGAGAUAGAGACACAGGCUAAGCGAGAAAGGACAAGAGAGAAUUCCCCCGAUACCUCUCUUCUUGCUCCUCCAAACCCUAAUCUUUCUUAUUCCCGCACCUCUCAUGGAAGCAGAGAAGUUAGAUGAGCUUCUCCCUCCUGCCAUGGCCGCUGCGAAAAGAACCAGGUUCCGAACAAGAGAGGUUAGUUCUCGUUACAUGAUCCCACCAUCUCCACGCUCCAUACCUUCAUCUCCCAUCCACCUUUCUACCACCUCCUCUUCCAUCAGAAACCAACUCAAUAACCAGAAAACCCGAGUUCCCUCAGUCCCUUCUUCCCCUGAUGCAUCGGAUUCCGAAUCGGAGUCCUCAUCACGCUAUGCAGAUGAGAACCAACACAGCUUCGUCACUCCCCUUCGUGCCAUAAUGCACGGAAAGGGUCAAAAAACCCACAAGAAGUGUGUGGUAAGAAUUUUGUCUGACAAUACGCGCGAUGCGUCACUGACGCAGAACGUCGAACAAUAUAACAGCAGGCCCAAUACUAGGGUAGAAACCCCGAUCGCACGUGAUCGUGGCCUUGGCACUCCGAGGCCGGUCCUUUAUAGUCAAACUCAGUUCAGAUCGAUGAAAAAAACUGCAAACCAUGAAGGCAGAUCGAAGACCUUAACUCCUUUUCCAGGAUUGAUGGCUAGCUCUACGCAGAAAUCUUGUUCUUCGGUUGAUUCAGGAACCGAGAGCUGUAGCAUUAGCAGUCUAGGCGGGUUAUGUAACAGCCCGCCAAUCCGAACUCAGGGAAAAUGCAGGGCACGGAAAGCUUUAGAACUACGGUCUUCGAUGCCUGAGGCGGAUUCAUUGCCAACUAGUUCAAGAAAGUCGGCUGAAGUAGAGGAAUUGAUGCUUAGGCAUUCACUUAAUUCGGGUUUGUCAAUUUGCCAGCCUAAUCCUCUCAAUCUUGCGAAGAUAGGGAGCAGCAAGACUUCAGUUCAAGAAAUGUGUAAUCUAGGGAGGGUUUUUUGGCCUCCACAGCCACCAAGCACUAGAUUGGGGUUAGACAUGAAGAAGGGUAAGAAGGGAUCCAGCGCGAAGGAAGAUGUUCAAUUUCUUAAUCUUCUUCAUAAUCAGUAUCUACAAUGGAGGUUUGUGAAUGCAGUGGCGGAGUCUGCUGUUAAAGCAAGGUCCAAUACUACAGAGAGAUCACUAUCUGAAGUUUCUAAAAAACUAGAAGUGUUGCGGGAUGCAGUCAUGGAGAAAAGAAUGGAACUUGAGAAGCUGUUAAGAUUGAGAAAAUUGAUUAACUUUGUUGAUGUAGAGAUGCCAUAUCUGGAAGAGUGGGCGCUCACGGACGGACAAUAUUCUGAUUCACUUUCUGGGACAAUAAAGGCAUUGAAGGAUGCUUCAAUUAGACUCCCAGUAAUUGGUGAUGUGAGGGUAGAUGUCAGGGAGCUCAAGGAAUCUAUUCACUCUGCAACUAGCAUGAUAGAGUCAUUCUCUUUCUCCAUUGAAAGAUUAUCACCCAAGGCCAAUGGAGUUGCAAAAGAAAUGUCUGAGUUGGCAAAGGUAGUUAGCAGGGAAAAAGCUCUAAUCGAAGAGUGUGGAGGUCUCAUAUCUGAGGUUCAGAGAUUGCAGGUUAAGGAAUGCAGCUUGAGAAGCACGUUGAUGCAAGCAAAAAGAAGCAGUAUAAUUUGAAGCCUCGCGGUCAUCAAACACUAUAAUUGUUAGAAGUUUAUUCUUUUGUUCUUUCGAAGUAAUAAGAUGAGAAGGAUGAGUUGCAUGGUAAUAUCAAAUAUCUGAUUCAUUAGUAUAUGUAUCUUGACAACUUUAUCAUUGGAGCUAAGGCUUCGUACGGGAUAGCUUUCCUACUGCUUUCUAAAACAGUUUUUUAGUAAAAAAUUUAUCUAAAAAGUUGUUUUAGAAAGCAGCAAAAAAAUUGUCCCAAACAAAGGCCAAGUAUCUACGUGCCUUUCUGGAUCAAUUUUUCAUAGUGCUUAUAAUAUAAUCUUU